CGGAGACGCUCGCGGCGCUCGUCGCGGCCGCGGAGGCGACGGCCGAGGCCUGCGACGUCCUGUCCGCUUUGGUCGCCGCCGUCGCCGACGACCGGUCCCUGCGGAGGGUCGUCGCCGGCGCCGUCGCGCCGCGGCGGACGGCGCUGCUCCUGCGGCCGGACGCGCCGCGGGGCGAGGUCGGCGCGGACCUGCUCGCGCGCGCGCGGCUUCUGAGGGCCGCGGCUCGGUGCGCGGGCGUGGCGGACGCGCUCGCCGCGCCGGACGCGCUCAACUUCUACGUCGACCGCUUCUUCGACCUGCCGGCGUGCACCAUGCUCCACAACGCCGUCACGGCGGCGGUGCUCGCGGUCCUCGCCGACGAGCCGCGGCGCGCGGACGCCGCGGCGGUGCUCGACGCGCUCCUCUUCCGGACGGGCGAGUGCGCGCACUCGGACGACGCGUCGCGGGGCCUGCUGAAGCGCGCGGCCCACGCGAUCCGCGUCGCCCGCGCGGACGGCCGCCACGUGACCCUGUCGCGCGACGCGAACCUCGUCGUCAUCGCCGAGGCGGUCUGCGCGGCGCUCCGCCAGGACCCGGACGACGGAGGCGACCGCGAGCCGCUCAUCCCGGACCUGCUCUUCCGGCGCCGGCCGGAGCUCGACGCCUGGCUCCACUUCGCCGCGAGCGUGCUCUCCCUCGAGACCGCCCGCAAGGUCGUCCUCGCCGAGCCGCCGAAGUCGUCCUUCCGCGAC